AUGGAGUUGCCACGUUCCCCGGGUGCUCUCUUGCCGUCCGCAACGAGGGGGAGAAAACGAGCGGUGCUCGCGGGGCUCCCCAGCUCCGGCACCUUCCUUCCUCCCCGCGCCUUCAUCGAACAGAGGCCGGUUUAUCUGCCUGCCUGCUGCCAUGGGACGGAGGUGCUCCGCCCGCACGACCCCCUGGCCCGCCACCACGCCUCCACGAAGCGCUCGUCCCCGCGCCCGUCGGCGGCGGCGAGGCGCCACCAUGCCGGCGGAGCCGCGCGGCGCGGACAGGCGGCGGGGGCGGCGGCGUCCCCUGUGCUGCCGCGCGUCAAGGUGGCCGCCGCCGCCGCGGAGGCCGCGUACGCCGGGCCGGCGUUCGGGGCCAUGUCGCCGUCCCCGCGGGCGCUGCCGCUGCCGCGCUUCUCCUCCAAGGCGGCGGCGGCGGCGGCGGCCACCGUGGACGACUCCGCCACGCGGGAGCUCCGGCGGCUGCUGGGUCUCGAGCGAUUCACGACGAAUUGAUCAACUAACCCACGCCCCCAGCGAGCGAGCAAUUAAAUUCAGUUAAGCAGGCCACGGAUUCAGCAAAAAAAGAAGGGGUAUCAAGAAUCAAGAUGUGUUACGUAUGGGUCUCUACUUCUCUUCCCUUGAUUCUUUUCUGGUCGAUCUCCAAUGGCGCGUCCCCGGGCAUGGCCGCGCAUGUGCAAAUUUCAAGUCCGGCCGCUCCACCAUCCGCCUCCUUUGUCCGGUGUUUUUUGUCAAGGACCAAGGGAGGGGCGGUGCCGCUCCUGUAGAGGGGGUGAAACUAGAGGGAGAGAUGAAUGAUUUGAAGGGAAGGUUUCAUGUGAUUUAGAGGUUUCAUGUGAUGCAAACCAGAUCUCUCUUAUAUACUUCUAAAUCAAAUCCUAAAUCCACUGGUUAAAUAUAGUGCU